UAUAAAAUUUUAAAAUAAUACAAUAAAAUGAAAACAUUUCCUUAAGAAUGACGACAUUAAACGGAAGCCACCUACUGGCCAUACCGGAAAGUUGGAGAAUUACCAAUUGACGUGUAUAGUAAAUACCUGCUCAAUAAUGUUAUUAAUUGUGUAUAAAUAAGAUUUUUAGGAUAGAUUAUAAAUAAAAUACGAUGUUAAUGUUGUUAAUUUAAGAAAUAACGUAAAGAAUUAGGGAUAAAAUGUCGUGGUUGGGCGAUAGUUUCUCUUCUUUUACUGGACAUUUAACUAACAUCACUAAGGAGAUGCUUAACGAAGGAAGGGAGGAAGUUGAUGAUUAUGCAACCGAACUGAGUGUCGCAAAUAAACAAAUACAAGAUUUAGAAAGUCAAUGCAACUUACAAAAGAAAGAAGUGGAGCGCCUUAGAACUUUAAAUGGUGAACUGGAGGAGCGAUGUCAAGCUGCCGAAUUACAGAUAAAUGCCAUUUCUUCUCAGUAUCGUAAUUUGCUACAGAACAAGGAGGAUGAAGUGAACCAACUGAGACAACACAGUCAACAAAAUGGUACCGGAGACGCCACGCUGCCACCUCUGCUUAGUCCAGAUGAGAAACGAGGCUUUGAUGAGGCAGAUCUAGUCGACCUCAUGUCUUACCAGACGGAGAUCAACAGGUUAGCUGCUGAAGUCAGGCGACUUCGUAAUGACAGGGACACUUGGAAGCAGUUAGUCGACAGUCAAUCUCCCUCUUGCAAACAGGAUUAUGAGGACAGUGCUGAAAAUGGAGACAAAUUGGAGAAAUCUAAACUGCGUACCCAUAUUCAGGAAUUGCAGCAGGAACUUCAGGAAAGAAUUGACGAGCAUCAAAAUCAGUUGACGACUCUGCAGGAUCAUUACGCUUCACAACUGCAUCAUCAACAGGAGAAGCAUCAACAAGAGAUCGAAACACUGAAUGACACUCUAAACCUUUAUAAAAAGCAUUCGGAAAAUGCUGAAGAAGUGGAGGAGUACGUUGAAGUGAAGAGAGCAUACAAAGAAGCACACAGAGAGAUAGAACAGUUAAGAACAAAGGAAAAAGAGAGAGAAAGAGAGAUACAAUUGCUAAAUCUCCAACUGGAUAAGAUUCGAGAUGAGAAAUUACAGAAGGAAGAAGCAUGCAGANGUACAAGAUACACUUAA